AUGGAUAGAUUAUUGAAUCAAAUAACAAUAGCAAGCAUUCCAGAAACAAUUGAAUGUGAUCUAUUGAAGAAAAAAGACGGCAAAUUUUUUAUAUUAGAAUCAAAAAAUGAUAUUUCUUCUGCCAAGGAAUUAUUUAAAGGGUUGAGAAAUGGUUUGAAAUCGAACUGCAGUAUUCAAAAUCACUCAAAUUUGGAAAAUAAGCUAAAAGAUCUAGUUCUUAGAAUAUCUUCUGAUCCAGAUUUUACAUUAAAUGAUAAUGUUGAUGAUGAUGUAACGUGUUUGAGUGUUCAAACAAAAGAAGAUAUUAUGCAAAUACUGGAGAAAUCAAGGCAAUUAAAUAAAGAAAACAUCCAAAUUAUAGACGGUAUGGAAAUUCUUCUCUCUGGGCAAGGCGGAAGGCCAUUUGCGAAGCUUGACAAGGAUUUUAAUGUUAAAAAAGAGAUUAGAGAAUUUGAACCUGAACGAAGAAUUCAAAUACUUCACGAGCUUGACAAACUACUCAUUUCAACUCUUAAAUGCACAGCAGAAGUUGACCGGCUCAACCAAAUUAAUGCUAACAGCAACAUCAACCACUGCCCGAAUUCCUCAGUUAGCAAAAGCAUUAAAGAAAUGAAGGACUCAAUCACGAAUCUCUACAUAAACUCAUUCAACGGGACACACGACCCAUACGAGUAA